CGUCUUAUAUUACAUAAUUAUUAUUGGAAAUACCAGCUCGUCGCGUCAUCGUCUCGGGUGAUUAGUGAUGACAUCGCGUGACUUCUCGUAAGGGAAACACUUUCAAACACUCCUCCCUCGAAUUUGAUGACAAGGGUGACGCGCAUAAACGAGGGCGAAGUGACAAGAUGAGACAACUGAAUGGACGCUUUUGACUACACUUACGUAUGCAUUCAUGAAGCCGAGCGGGGGUCUGGGAUUUCUGAUAUAGAUGUGCUAUUUUAUUAUUAUUUUAAGGCAACAUGUUUGAACCUCCCGAGACGCUACUGAAAUAUGAGAACCCAGUUUUAAUCAGUAAAACCACAGAUAAAAAGUGUUCAAAGGGGGGGCGUCCUUUUAAAGUCAGCAACCAACCGCAUGCCGAGUCCCCGGUGCCUCCACCUCCGAAAGCCAAAUCCUCUGCAGCCGAAGCCCCGAGGCAGCAAAAUGAUGACAUACUCAACCUCAUCUUUCCACCCAGGGAAUGGAUGGAGGGAAACCAGCUGUGGGUGCAGCAAGUGUCCAGUGCACCGUGCACACGAGCGGACGUGGUGAACCUCGAGGAGCACCUGGACAGGAAGCUGCAGCAAAGACGGGCCAUCGAGACGGGAAUAUGCCCUGUCAGAAGAGAGCUUUAUACCCAGUGCUUUGAUGAGCUGAUCAGGCAGGUAACCAUCAACUGCGCAGAGCGUGGUCACUUGUUGUUGCGGGUCCGAGAUGAGAUCCAGAUGACCAUCGCCGCUUACCAGACCUUUUACGAGAGUAGCGUGGUUUUUGGCAUGAGGAAAGCUCUGCAGGCUGAGCAGGACAAGGUGGACAUGCAGAAAAAAAUAGCCAUGCUGGAGCAGCAGAAAGAGGAGCUGCAGAAAGAGUUGCGUGAUGAAAAGGCCAAAUGUGACGCCAUUGAAAAGACCGAAGAGGAAAAACACGAGGUUCAGGAAAAGAAAUACACGGAGCAGAUUCAGUUCCUUAAGAGAACCAACCAGCAGCUUAAGGCUCAGCUGGAGGGUGUUGUGACACCCAAAUAACUUCACAGUGGACAUUUUACUACAUAGAAUGUCACUGAACAAUGUCUUUUUUUAUGAAUGAAAUGUAAUAAUUGAAUAUUAAAUGUCUUUUUUUUAAAGAAUGGAUAAGAGUGUGUAAUU